GUUUUAUGAAAGGAAAAUGGCGGCAAGUGGUACGGUGGAUGUGUCCGAAAGCGGGUGAGUUUUAUUCUUUUUUAAGAAGAGAUUGCUUGUUUAUAGUUCUUAUACCAUUUUAUAACCAAAGGAAAUCGCUUUUUGUUUCGCUAGAAGAAGAAUUCGAUUCCAUUAGAGUGCAAAUAAUAGGCUAGAAUAGCGAAUGUACAGAUAUGUACUUUCGACUACGGCUCGAUUUUGAAGUUUUCAUUCUUUCGUUCUUGAAGCUUAACUAUCAGUUGUAAUCGGUUUUUACAUGAUUAAGCAAAGAUGUAAGGAUACUGUGCGGAAUUGAUAACAUGUUUAUGCUAUGCACAGCAGUUAUAAUCAUUUUUUCACCUGUAAAUAAUGUCAUAUCCACUGCACCUCAUAGAAUUAAGCUGCUCUUUCUGUAAUUCACUUGAAGUUGGGGAUGAAACGCAUGUUAUCUUUUUCUGCACCCUUUAUAAUGAUACUCGUCUAGAUCUUUAUAAGAGAAUAAAUACAAAAUAUCUCUUCUUCACGGAAUUCAACCUUGACUCAAAAAUAGUGUAUUUCCUUUUCAAUAGUAUUGAUCCUUUCGUAUGCAGACUCAUUCUGCUUAUAUUUUUCAAAUGAUGGAAACAAGACGUGAAACUUCUUUUAAAACAAAAUCAUGUACACGUGUAGCCACCCUGUAGUUAAUUGUUCACAUUAGUUAAGUACCAAAUGUCACAGCAAUGAAAAAACCUUUCAGCUAUUUCUGAGUCAAAUAUGGGAGAUUUCCAGCCUGUCAUGAGCGGGAUUAAAUUCGUAUGUGUAAUCAAAUGGUGACGAGUGAAAUUAGGGAAUAAUUUCAUGCGCGUUUUGUCCAAAUCCUUAUAAUUUCCUGAGCCUUCUGAUUUCCGACAACUUUCCAUAGACUUCUGAACAUUGCCGAAAAUGUCCGCAGAUGUUCUGAAGAUGUUAGAGCUCUUUCGAAGCUACUUGAAAGAUGCUUUGAUUUCGUAAGAGCACAAAAAGGGAAACAAAGUCAUCAUUUAACGCCUUUUAGGAUUGAAUUUUCAUUAUUUAUCAUGUGUUAAAUAACAAUUUGUCCAGAUUUGUGUCCAGAUUUGUGAAUUGUCCUUGAUGCAUGAGAUCGAUGUCUUUAGUCCACAGGCGCGAGACUUACGCAUAAUGUGUGACAGUUGGCAGGUAUACACUCAGUACAUACACAGUAUUUUUAAAUAAUUUACACAAUUUCAACAAGCACUAAUUUGACCUUCAUGGUCACAAUAACUACUUUAUUUUUUUCAAACUCUUUGUUACAAAAAUAAAUUCAUACACAACCUGCAAGUAGCAAAGGCUGUUCGAGGUGGGUUUUGUAAAAAAUAAUUAAGUAGAUUUGUAAAAUAAAAUGGAAAGAAAAAAAAAGUUUUUCAGGGAAAACAAAAAUUACCGUCCUAGAGUACUGUUGCGUGGUUUGGCAUAAUGCCCUUCCUGCCUACCUGUCUAAUGAAAUAGAGCGGGUCCAAAUGGGAGCUUUAAGGAUAAUAUACCCUUGAUCCUCAUACCAGCAAGCCUUACAACGUGCUAAAAUCGCUAGACUUGAAGACAGGCGCAAUGAACUCUGUAUGAGGGCUUUUGAUAAAAUUACCAAAGGAGGACCCUUGUCAAAACAUCUAACCCAGAUAACAUCUAUUGCCCAUGAGUACUCCCUUAGAAAUUCUAACUCUUUGACGUCUUUUAAAUGUAAAACCGAGCAUUUUAGGCGAAGCUUUUUCCCUAGUACUGUCCUAAUGGCAAACGCAACAUCCUUCAAAAAUUAACUGUUAAAGAAUUCAAUUUUAAAAAUGAAAUUCUUAGUAUAACUUUUUUUUAGUAGCUAUGAUUGAAAUUUAUGUAACUCUUGUAGGUUUUACUAUUUUUAAUUAUUUUGUAAAACCAGUCCCAAUUAGGUUUUUGUAAUUUUCCGAACCUUGUAAACACAUUGUAAUUCAAAAGGUCUAGAUAGCAGCAACAAUAUAGAUAGUCGUAUAAACAUAACAACUUUCUUUAAUUUACCAGACAUGUUUCGACGGUACAUCCGUCAUCUUCGGUGUUACAUAUUUUGAAAUUGCCGUUGAAUUUAAAGCGCGCGCGAUCUUACAAAGUUCGUUACAUUGCGUUGUCAAUAUUGCGUACUUCAUUUUUAAUGCGAGAACAUGUCGAUUAAACAUCUUUAUUAUUAUUAUUAUUAAGUAAGACAAUAGAGCACAAUUUAUUACACAGGAAAAUGGGUAAAUUAAGAUCACAUGCUUUACAAGCCAGGGUCCGAAAUUGCGCCUUCCUGGUCGCCGAUGCAACUAAAAAUUUAGUCCUGGCGACCAGAAUUUCAUAGCUGGUCGCCAGCUAGCAACUUGUAAAGCUGGUUGUUAUUGUUGACUUUAACGUUCGGAGAAACUGAUUAAGAAUUGAAACCUCGAAGCUAUUUGCCAACAGGUGUCUUACUUUUUGUCCUGCUGAUAUUUUUUAAUUAAAAGUGAAACGAAUCUUCCUGUAAUAAUACCUCCACAACAGCUAUGAUCAAGACAAGUUGAACGUUUCCAAGCCGCCAUGUUGUUCAGUAAGUACGUUAUGUACUUUGUGUACUGGUACGAGUGAUGUGGCACAGUUGUGGCCUAGUACGAGCAACAUGGCAGCUUGACUAGUGUUUAUGUUUCGUGUUUUGUGGUAGUUACUGGAAAAAAUAGAGUUUUGAUAUGAUCAGUGCAGUCAUAGGCAGACAGCUUUCUGUUCCUACAUUCUUAGUCAGACAGCUUUAUAUCUCCAAAAAGUAAUUUGCAGGAAAAAAAAGACUUCUCUCGUGCAUGUACGGUUGCUUUCUGAUAUCAGGAGUGGAAGAAGUGCAAUUUUUGAGCAUAAAAAUGUCCAUACCAUGCAUUUUUUAUUUGUGUUUAAACAAUUAUUGGAAAAAAAAGGGAGGGGGAAUUUUUGGCGACCACAAUUUGCCCUCUGGCGACCAAAAAUUUACACUUGAUUGCCAGUUGGCGCCCGUAUUAAAAAGUUAAUUUCGGACCCUGCAAGCAUAUUAAGAUAUAGAUUUAGCCAGAGCUAAAAGCGAAGCCCUGGUUAAUAUACUUAUAAACAAAAAAAUAAAUCAUGCAGGGUACAACGAAAGUCAGUUUUACAGCCUGCCAUUUGGGCAAGCUGGAGCUAGCAUGUACUAGCCCACAAGUCAUUUCAACUAGCCCCAAAACCAAAGGAUUAGCAGGAUUGAGUACACUCCUUCUGUGAUUUGAAUUUCCCCCAAAAACAGCACUUGCCCGUCAGGCAAGUUAAGAACAAAAAUCACUAGCCCGAUAGCAAAAUCCACUAGCCCCGGGCUAUCGGACACAACCUUCUUUGCACGCUGAACUAUGUACUACUAAAAGGCAACAGAAAUGAGAACGGCGACAAAGUCAAUAGAUCUAAUUAGCAAAAAAACAAUUUUGCACAUGCAGCACACUUUUUAGUACAUUUCUUUGUCGUUGUUUUGCACGACUAAAGCGUGAAACUUCCUAGUUACACAUAUUUAUUUCAUGAAGGAAUUGUUGUAUGUGCUCAGCAAAAAUUUUGUUGCUAGUGUUCCUGUGCACUUUUAUUUUUUUCACUGCCGCUCAUUUUCACCUUGCUGGCAUUCCUCAUUUUCUCACCGCCACUUUGAAAUUAUUUUUCACCAACAAAAGUUUUCUCCUUUGUUUUCAAUCACUUGCUCUAGCUCUUUAUUUGUUAUCCAUGUUAGUGUAGACAUAAAAAUAACAACAAAAAAGACUCAACUUUGUUGUUGUUUUUUCUCUUUAAAAGUCCGGGUGGCCAUGUGAUUUCUUGCCCAAAAAAACCCUUGAGUUUGAUUUGGGUUGCUAUACCUGUUAAUUGAGUUAAUAAUUUUACAUGAGUGUGCCUGUGUUGUGGAAGUUCGGGUGGGGAAAUUAUGGUCACAUAACUAGGUAACCAAAUUUUCAUACCCAAGCACAUGCGAGAGCUACGCUAUGAUACUAAAAGAAGUUCAGUUGUUGUAAAAUGGUGAGCAGUUCAAUAUCUUUGUCUUGGUCCUUUAGCAUCUGUGUGAGAAUCUCAUGCAAUCAUUUUUUUGAAAUUGCCGAAUUUAAGCUGUUUUAAGUGUGUUGGUAUUGUAAUUCCAUGCUUUGGUUCCAAAGUUUGAGAAUGGCACGGUGAUAUUGAUCAUGUCUGCUAACACAAAUGAAGAGUGCGGCAAAUGUUAGAAAAAAAAACAGAUUUUAAAGAAGUUAGAGUAGAUUAUGUGGCAAGAAGGCUGAUUUCGCUCAACCUCAGUGAAUCUGGUGGCAAAUGAUACAGUUUCUCUUAAGUAGAAUAAACCUUCCGCUGUCAAGUGACAAUAAUUCCUUGCGAAGCAAUGCUAAAGGGCUCAUGGAGAGGGUUUAUAAAUUUGUUGAAAUUUACCUCAUGCGGGGAUUGUGUCUGGAUUGCUGAGCAAGAAGUGAACAACUUUUUUGCUAUACUUUUAUCUGUUUGCUCAUUGUCUACCAUUCCCAUUGUUCAGCAAAAAAAUCUGUGGCAAAGCAAACUUAGCCAGGUAGCUAUUGCAGCUAUUAAUUUUAAGUGGUUAAAAAUGCUUUUGGCGAUGAAUUUAACACUAGAAGUAUUUUAAAGAAAAAAUGGAGGCAAUUUGGACCUCAAGAGAAAAUUUGUUUUGCGUCCUUCUUGCUUUGUAGUUGAUUUUUAUGGGCUUUAUCAGGUGUAGUGUAUGUUUUCCAAAUGCACUGAGUGCGUUCUGUUCAGCUUUGUAUCAUCAUGACCCUGCUUGUUUUUUGAAACACCGUAAAAUUCUGAAAAUAAGCCCCUCCAAAAUAAGCCCCCCAAACUCGUAACACAAAAAAACCUGUGAUAAAUCGCCUCUCCAAACACAAGCCCCAGGGGGCUUGUACUUGGAGAUUGCCCUCAAAUUCAAAAUAAAACAAAGCAAAAUUUGUACAGUAACACAUAAAUUUUUGCAUUUGCCAAAGAUCUUUUACAUAAAUUUUCUUCCUACUACAAGCUAGCCCAAUGGAUUUUGAGAUGCAUUAUUUCCCUCCCAGUAUAUUUCUAGCUUAUUUGGAAAUGCAAAUUUCCCUCCGUAUAUAAGCCCCCCCUAAAAUAAGCCCCUCAAAAAGGGGAUUUUAAAGACAUGUGCCCCAGGGCUUAUUCUUUGAAUUUUACAGCACAUCUUUGAAUUUUGCUCAUGAGGCUUAAUGAUUAUGAAUUUUCUUGGCAAGUAAGGAGCCCCAGGUUUGAAUCCUGGAGAAACUGUUUUUGUUUUGUAUGUUGUUUUCUUUUUCUUUCCUCGUUUGGCUUCUUUUCCUUUUACCUGCUACUGACCCUUGGACUUUGAGAGGUUCUGUGAUACUCAUACAUGUAUUUGUAUUCAGUUAUUUCACUGAAAGAUUGUACAUUGUGAGUAAAAGGGUAAAUUGUUUCCAUUUAUUGUUUUCAGAGGUGAAGUGAUCCUUGAUCUACAGAAGUUCCAAAUUCAACCCAUGGAUACUCUGAACACUGAACACUUGCAGUUACUGAUACUGACAGCUAAUCCCACUACCAGUGGUGAAACCAUAGGAAGGACUUCUUCUGACUCAUUUCCUGAGUCUUCCCAAGCUGAAGCCGCUUCGCUGGUUACUGAAACAGCAGUGAUUGCGGAAGAAGCAGGGUUGUUUGUGCAGGUUGAAAGUACAACUCCUACUUUACAGGUUGAAAGUACAACUACUACUUUGUCGGCAAGCAGCCAUGACGUUGCUCCGUCCAAAGAUGCAGUGGAUGUUGGGGAAAAGGACUUUAUUUGCACGCAGUGUAAUAAGUCCUUUGCGGGUCCGUCAAGUUUAAGCCGACACAUAAAAACACACAGCAAUGAGAAGCCAUUCAAAUGUGUCCCAUGCAACAAAGUCUUUUCCAGGUUGUCGAGUUUGAAGAGGCAUCAAGGCUCCCAUGCAGAGGAAAGACCAUUCAAAUGUACCGUUUGUGGCUGGACUCACUUUUAUUUUUUUCACUGCCGCUCAUUUUCACCUUGCUGGCAUUCCUCAUUUUCUCACCGCCACUUUGAAAUUAUUUUUCACCAACAAAAGUUUUCUCCUUUGUUUUCAAUCACUUGCUCUAGCUCUUUAUUUGUUAUCCAUGUUAGUGUAGACAUAAAAAUAACAACAAAAAAGACUCAACUUUGUUGUUGUUUUUUCUCUUUAAAAGUCCGGGUGGCCAUGUGAUUUCUUGCCCAAAAAAACCCUUGAGUUUGAUUUGGGUUGCUAUACCUGUUAAUUGAGUUAAUAAUUUUACAUGAGUGUGCCUGUGUUGUGGAAGUUCGGGUGGGGAAAUUAUGGUCACAUAACUAGGUAACCAAAUUUUCAUACCCAAGCACAUGCGAGAGCUCCGCUAUGAUACUAAAAGAAGUUCAGUUGUUGUAAAAUGGUGAGCAGUUCAAUAUAUUUGUCUUGGUCCUUUAGCAUCUGUGUGAGAAUCUCAUGCAAUCAUUUUUUUGAAAUUGCCGAAUUUAAGCUGUUUUAAGUGUGUUGGUAUUGUCAUUCCACGCUUUGGUUCCAAAGGUUGAGAAUGGCACGGUGAUAUUGAUCAUGUCUGCUAAUACAAAUGAAGAGUGCGGCAAAUGUUAGGAAGAAAAAAACAGAUUUUAAAGAAGUUAGAGUAAAUUAUGUGGCAAGAAGGCUGAUUUCGCUCAACCUCAGUGAAUCUGGUGGCAAAUGAUACAGUUUCUCUUAAGUAGAAUAAACCUUCCGCUGUCAAGUGACAAUAAUUCCUUGCGAAGCAAUGCUAAAGGGCUCAUGGAGAGGGUUUAUAAAUUUGUUGAAAUUUACCUCAUGCGGGGAUUGUGUCUGGAUUGCUGAGCAAGAAGUGAACAACUUUUUUGCUAUACUUUUAUCUGUUUGCUCAUUGUCUACCAUUCCCAUUGUUCAGCAAAAAAAUCUGUGGCAAAGCAAACUUAGCCAGGUAGCUAUUGCAGCUAUUAAUUUUAAGUGGUUAAAAAUGCUUUUGGCGAUGAAUUUAACACUAGAAGUAUUUUAAAGAAAAAAUGGAGGCAAUUUGGACCUCACGAGAAAAUUUGUUUUGCGUCCUUCUUGCUUUGUAGUUGAUUUUUAUGGGCUUUAUCGGGUGUAGUGUAUGUUUUCCAAAUGCACUGAGUGCGUUUUGUUCAGCUUUGUAUCAUCAUGACCCUGCUUGUUUUUUGAAACACCGCAAAAUUCUGAAAAUAAGCCCCUCCAAAAUAAGCCCCCCAAACUCGUAACACAAAAAACCCUGUGAUAAAUCGCCUCUCCAAACACAAGCCCCCGGGGGCUUGUACUUGGAGAUUGCCCUCAAAUUCAAAAUAAAACAAAGCAAAAUUUGUACAGUAACACAUAAAUUUUUGCAUUUGCCAAAGAUCUUUUACAUAAAUUUUCUUCCUACUACAAGCUAGCCCAAUGGAUUUUGAGAUGCAUUAUUUCCCUCCCAGUAUAUUUCUAGCUUAUUUGGAAAUGCAAAUUUCCCUCCGUAUAUAAGCCCCCCCUAAAAUAAGCCCCUCAAAAAGGGGAUUUUAAAGACAUGUGCCCCAGGGCUUAUUCUUUGAAUUUUACAGCACAUCUUUGAAUUUUGCUCAUGAGGCUUAAUGAUUAUGAAUUUUCUUGGCAAGUAAGGAGCCCCAGGUUUGAAUCCUGGAGAAACUGUUUUUGUUUUGUAUGUUGUUUUCUUUUUCUUUCCUCGUUUGGCUUCUUUUCCUUUUACCUGCUACUGACCCUUGGACUUUGAGAGGUUCUGUGAUACUCAUACAUGUAUUUGUAUUCAGUUAUUUCACUGAAAGAUUGUACGUUGUGAGUAAAAGGGUAAAUUGUUUCCAUUUAUUGUUUUCAGAGGUGAAGUGAUCCUUGACCUACAGAAGUUCCAAAUUCAACCCAUGGAUACUCUGAACACUGAACACUUGCAGUUACUGAUACUGACAGCUAAUCCCACUACCAGUGGUGAAACCAUAGGAAGGACUUCUUCUGACUCAUUUCCUGAGUCUUCCCAAGCUGAAGCCGCUUCGCUGGUUACUGAAACAGCAGUGAUUGCGGAAGAAGCAGGGUUGUUUGUGCAGGUUGAAAGUACAACUCCUACUUUACAGGUUGAAAGUACAACUACUACUUUGUCGGCAAGCAGCCAUGACGUUGCUCCGUCCAAAGAUGCAGUGGAUGUUGGGGAAAAGGACUUUAUUUGCACGCAGUGUAAUAAGUCCUUUGCGGGUCCGUCAAGUUUAAGCCGACACAUAAAAACACACAGCAAUGAGAAGCCAUUCAAAUGUGUCCCAUGCAACAAAGUCUUUUCCAGGUUGUCGAGUUUGAAGAGGCAUCAAGGCUCCCAUGCAGAGGAAAGACCAUUCAAAUGUACCGUUUGUGGCUGGACCUUUCUGCAGAACUCAGAUCUGAAAAUCCAUGAAAGAACACACACUGGGGAGAAGCCAUUCUCGUGUGACCGAUGUGAGCAGUCGUUUGGAUGCAAAAAGCGUCUUAAGGCGCACUACCGAAAACACACGGGGGAAAAGCCCUACAAGUGUCCCCAGUGUGGGAAGUGUUUCUCCAUGAGAAAAAAUGUCAUCCAACACAUCCGAAUUCAUACUGGUGAGAGGCCAUUCACUUGUGAAGUAUGCAAGAAGGAUUAUCGUCAUCAGCACACACUCAAGAAGCAUAUGCAGCUUCAUACUGUCAGAUUCCCCUCCGCAUCAGCUAGGUUAGUGGUUCAGUGCCAAAACCUCUGUUCGAUUGUCCGGGACGGGUAGAAAUUUAGUUUGGACGUGUAAACCUUUAACAUGACUUGUCCAUGGGAUAAGUGCAUUUAUAAUUACAAAAAAUACAGAAACAUUUCAAAUUUGACUUCAAAUUGUUAGUACAGUAGAAUUAAAAAUUUUACCUUAGUCAUAAAAGGAAUCCUCAUGCAAAAUGACAAAAAUAAGGGUAAAUAUUCCUUUUAACUUUGCCAUACUGGGGCCAGUUCAUUUGUUUGUAUGACCUCCACUUGGCUUAGGAACCUGACAAAACCUUUUGGACAAGAACUCUUGGAUUUUGGACAACCAAAUUAAAUAUAGUGGUUAUCCGAGGGACAAGUGGAUAAGAAAAUUUUUCUCUUACUCUUUGGUUAUGUGAUGAUAAUUGGUUGUAUGAACAGGAAAUGAGAUGUUGACUAGUCAAAAAUUGAAAUGUUACAAAUAUUAUGUUCAAGGAGUUUUGUGCCUGUACAAGUGGAAUAAUGAUAUACUAUGCUACUCUGUGAGCAGCAUGUAAAGAAAGCAGUUUUGGGUCCGGUUGAUUUUGCUAUGUAAAUUCCGUUCUUAACUUGCCCAAUAAACAAGUGAAGUUUUUUUCUGAAAUUCAAAUUAUAUGAGAACUGUACAUGUAAUCAAUGCUCAUCAACAUAUUUUUUUCAAGCUAGUUUAAAUGACUAUUGGGCUAGUACAUGCAAGUUACAGAUUGCCUGAAUGGCAAGCUUUUAAACUGACUUUCUUUGAUCUGACAUGUUGUGAGCCAGAUCCACUGUAUGAACCACGAAACUGCAAAACAAUGAUUAGAAAACAAUUUGCCAUUUUCUAUACUAUUAUAUCGUAGAAAUAUGGCAUGAAUGUUCAAAACUCAAGUGGAGCCAGAAUGGCCCGGCAGGUGGUAUCACUGCAAAGUGUCAAAUGUUUUGAUGUCAUUUCUUUUUUUCCAUGAAGUAUAGACAAUGCCGGGAAAAUAAUUCAUUAUUGUUUGGUUGCAUUGACAAUCACAUUAAAUGUGCAUCUUGAAUCAGCACCCACUCUCAAGGUCCAAAAAUUUGAUGAGUGCCCAGCAUGCCAAAUUGAAUGAAUAUGUUAUCCUACCGAUGAAUAGUUGUAAUUUUAUCUAGUCUUUUAUUUUUAUUAUUUUUUUGUUCUUAGUGAUGGAGAUGGUAAUGACCAAGCAGCAGUCUGGCCUCGUAAAAGAAAGAAACCUAACACAACAAAGGCUACAACUACAAGCAGGUAGAUACCUGUCUGACUUUUGUACCAACAAUCUCCAUUGUAAACAUGUAAAAACUAACAAAAUAAUGUUGAGCCAUUAUUGAGGACUUGUAAUAAAUGCGAGAUGAAAAGAGUUUUCAAUUAUUACUUUCACUUAAACUCUUUUCUAACCAACAAUUAUUGAUUUCCAAUUUCUUGAUAUUUGCAUCAUGAGGUUGCUAAAAUGUCGGGACAUUAUCUUGUUAGUUUUUAUAUGAGUGUGUUUCUCCAAAUCAUUAUUAAUAGGAAUUUCUAAUGCGCCCCUUGUAAAUUAAUUAUGCCAAAAAUACUGUUUGAAGAUACAUGUAUUUGAUCCAAAAUCUGGGUUGCUGUGUGGCCAAAAGGAAUCAAAACUAGCCAAAAUUUUGUGUACAAGUGUACAAGUCCAGCACUAUUCUGGCACAAGGGGAAAUUCAUUAGAGCAUUAGGACCUAUUAAAUGAAGUCCAAUAAUGAUACAUUGCAAGUAUUGUUUUUUUUUAAGUGGCUAUGAAUUAUUUAAAGUGAUUUUGUUUAAGUUAAUGCUUUGGACUUUUCAUUGUAAUAGGAAGAAAGCAGGUAAAACGCCUGGAAGCAAAAGUGGUAAGCAACAGAAAGACAGCAAAGAGAGUAAUUCAGAAACCUCCAACAGGUGCGUAGUUUGAAAUACAUACAUGUAUGCAUGUACAUGUAGGCAUCAUACCAGGCUUAAUACUAGUUGUGCAGUUCUUUUAAGUGGUAUAUCAUGAAAUAUUCCAUGAGUGACUUGUUUUUUCUGAGUAUACACAUGAGCCUUUAGGUCCUUUACGCAUGUGUGUAUCUGUUGUGGUUCAAUUUUAUCCUUGGUUUAAAUUCUAUUUCCCUUUGUUUUGGGGUAUGGUAAUGCAUGGUAAUCAGUUGAAAACAAAGGGAAAUAAAAAUUACACCAAGGAUAAAACAAACCAAUUUCGUUAUAUUAAAAUUCAUACUUGCUCUGAGACUGAGGGGGGUAAAACAAAAGAAAAUGUAUUAUUCAUUACUGAGCCUCAAGGUGAUUUCUUUUGUUUCAUUCCCCAAGCGUCACAGCCAAGUUCGAAUUUUAAUAUAUCGGAAUUGGUCUAUUGAACCACAACAUAAUUAUACAAAGAAAGUUCAAGUCUUGGGUGCUUUCUGUAGAGUUUGGCAUUUCAUACCAGUUAGUACGCAACUCUUAAAAACCUCCAAUUUUAUUGGUUCUCCAUAAUACACUUUUGCAUUGUUUUAGGGAUAGAGUCAUUGUUAUAUUUGUUUGUCUAUUGUUUUCACAGCCAAUACUGUGAGGCCUUGUUAAGUGCUGCGUGGCUCCCCUUUCAUACAUGUACAUGGUCUUUCAUGCAAUAUAUCAAGCAUGAGACGCAGUGUUUCAUUACCAGAUGAAACACUGAGAAGAGAGUUGAAAAUAAGACGUGUCGCCAAGUAUUUUUGAUGAACUUCAAGGUGUUUCAUCUGGUGAUGAAACACUGUGUCAAAUGCUUGGUAUUACUUCUCAAACAAAAUGAUUUUAGAAGGAGAAAUUAAGGAUGGAAAAGGGAGCAGUUUUCAUCUGAUUUCCAAACACUCAUUAAACAUUAAUUUCCUUUGUAUUUUCCUUAGAGUUAUUAAUGAGUUUUAGAAGUAAUGUUUUUCAUGUCCAUUGUUAACAUCCUUGAAUAAAGUAUUGUAAGUUAUUGACGUGGUUGAUACAGAAAGCACUUCCAUUUGCCACGUUCUAAACGAGUGAAAAGUGGGUACAAUAUGCGACCCCAAAGCUUCUUGGAGUGGUUAAGAGGGACAGCAUAAGGGUUAACAAACAUGGCGCAUCACAAGUGCCGUGUUCCUAGCUGCAAAAAAAACAUAUUUAUUUGAUUAACCGCCCUGGGCACUUAAUAAAUUUUUCGACCUUGAAAGUGAGCGCUUAUUCGAGGCUGGGCACUUAUUACAUUUUCACCAUUUCAGCAAGUGUAGUAUGUUUUUUUUUGCAACAAAGCAAUAAAUGGUAGAAACAAAACACGAAGAUGUAACAAAGCAAGGUUUCUGUAAAAUACUCAGCAGAAAACUUCGUCUUCGGAGAGUCUCUUAUUAGUACUUAUUCAAUUCUUUUGGGGGGAGGUUGAAGGGAAAAGGGGGUGGGGUGGGAGGGGGCACUUAUUUGAUUUUGAGUGAGAGGGGCAGGGGGUGGGGUGGGGGUGGGCACUUGUUCGAGGCUGGUCAGAAUUCCUAUAAACCCUAAUGCACCAGGUAUUUCUUCUUCAGUCAGAAUAACCUGGACAACGUCUUUAACAUUCUCUUGCUGAUGUCUGCCACGCUUUUGCUGUCUCUCCAAACAAUCCCUGGAGCCUUUGUGGUCAUAAGUCAUACCAGUUCACUGCUGGUUUAGAAUAUGGACAGUUAUUGUUCUACAGAGGCCCAGUUGCACUCACAGAUUUUCUGUGUUUUUUUUCCUUUUUUUUGUAGCAAAACAGCAGAGACUGAUGAAUCAGUUGACACAGCUGAGAAAAAAGAAGAAACUAAGACAGCAGGAACAAACACAGGAGAUGUUUCCAGGUGAAUGUUUUUUAAAGGAACAGUGCUCAUAAAACCAUCUCAUGCAUUGUGCUUAAUUAUACGAAAUGUGUUCAUGUUUAAAUACCAGGCAAGCUUCCACGCGUAAUUAAUGAUAAUUAUCUUAACAUGUGAAAAGAUCACCGUCGCUAUGGUACAUGAUAAGUCGCGCCUUCAGAAGCAAAAAGCAUAUUUAAGUUAAAUGGUUUCCGUUUGGUAUUUCAUUCAUGUUAACUUAAUAAAUAGCAUAUUACAUGGCCACUUGGGGAUUCGUAAUUUCUCUUCUCAUGUUUUUCAACACUCAAACUUCCGUAUCUGUGGGGGCUAUGUAAUGUCCUGUAUAUCCCUGUUUUUGAAUGGUGAGAUUGUCAUGUCUUCUAGGUACAUGUAAGUCCUUUGGCUAGAAUGGCUCUGCUGCCCUUAAUGAAUACUAUGUUAAUCGUUUCAGUAAUGGUCAAAGUGACACUUUGGCUACCGUAAACGAAGACCAUUUAUUGCUGUUGACCUUAGCAAGCAACCCGGAGAGAAGUCACAGCGGUGAAACAGAAACACUUCCUGAUAAAAGUACCCAGUCUACACCAGACGCUCCACCCACCACAGCAGUGACUGUGGUAGGUCUUACACCAGGUGCAGCUCCUUUGGGUGAUGGUCAAGAUUCAUCGGAAGGGAAUGCUGCGGCUGAGAAUCCUUUCAAAUGUCCUCAUUGCGACAAAUGUUUCUCAGGGCCAUCAGGUCUAAACCGCCACGUCAAAAUCCACGACCAGGAUAAGCCGUUUAAGUGUGUACCAUGCGAUAAAGUGUUCUCCAGGCUGUCGAGUUUGAAGAGGCACCAAGGCUCUCACGCAGAGGAAAGACCGUUCAAGUGUACAGUCUGUGGCAGUAGCUUUCUGCAGAACUCGGAUCUGAAGAUUCAUGAAAGAACACACACCGGGGAAAAACCAUUUCCGUGUGAUCGCUGUGAACAAACGUUUGGAAGCAAAAAGCGACUAAAGGCCCAUUACAGAAAGCACACAGGCGAGAAGCCGUACAAAUGUCCGCAGUGCGAGAAAAGUUUUUCCAUGAGGAAGAAUGUUAUUCAGCAUAUCCGGACCCAUACCGGCGAGAAGCCAUUCACGUGCUGGGUGUGCAAGAAGAAAUAUCGCCAUCAACACUCGCUUAAAAAGCACAUCCGUCUCCAUGCGGACAAGAGCAAAAACCUGGAUGAGUGCAUCAGCAAGAUCAAGGGAAACCAGUCGAAGUCUGGUGAAAUUGCUGGCGAAAUGGAAGUUGAGGAACAGAGCACGCAAACAGAUAUGGACGUAGUGGAGGUGGAGAAGAAUGAACAGGGACACGAAGAAGUUGUCGCAGUGGAAUUGGAUAAUGGGACUGAGAGAGUGGAAGUGGCAAUUGGAGAAGUGGAGAAACAGGCCGAUCCAACGAAGGAGAAAGAAACUGUGAACGAAGUCAAAGAGCGAGAGGCCGCUGAGAAAACGGAAGUAGAAGGAGAGAAAUCCAAUAACGUUGAACAUUCUGAACCGAUGGAAAAAGGAAUGAGUGGACAAGCGGAUCAAACGGAAGAAAAGGUACCGGAAGUAGACGAGGCUAAAGAUGCUAAUCGAACGGAAGUAGAAGUAGCGGAAGUGAGUAGCGUUUCACAGUCUGAACCAAUGGAAGAGGCAAAGAGUAGACAGGUUGUGCAAACGGCCGAAGUUGCACCAAAAGUAGACAUGACUAUAGACGCUGAAGAAACGGAAGUAGAGGUAGCGGAAGUGGAUGGGAGUAAACAGGCCGCGCAAACUGAAAUGAAUAACCAAACUGAAAAAACAGGCGAGGUUGAAAACAUAGACCAGAAAAAAACAGAAGGUAGUGAAGAAGUCAAGACUACAGAGGGAGAAAAACAGCGUGCUCAAACGGUGACGGGUAAAUGUGAUGAAGAAGUGGAGAGAGGUGCAGAUGAAGAACAGAAAGGACCAGAUGAGUGA